AUGGCCCUUGGCAGAAUAGAAACGGACAUCAGUAGGAGAAAGCUGUACUUUUUGGGUUGUAUCAUCAACUCCAGCUCAACACAAGCCUUCAGGAAAUUAUUUGUACGUCGAUUAAUACAAUGGAAGUGGAAAUGUGACGCUGUAGAUGGAUUUAUUCCCGAUCUCAUUAGAAUUUUGGAAAAGUAUGGCCUUAUGACGUUCGUGACGGACUUUAUAAAAUCAGAGAGUUUUCCGACGAAAAAGCAAUGGAAGAGGAUUGUAAAUGAAGCUGUGCGAAGAAAAGAGCAGUUGGUUUGGUCUGAAAAACUAAACCAAAAACCGAUUUUAAAGCUGUAUAUGCAAGCACAUCAACAUUUAAACAUUAGUUUUUGGUAUGAAAUCUGGGAUUUUGCUCCAAUGAAUUCAAAUAUCGUAGUCGAUGUGAUUCGUCUGGUUUGUGGCUCUCUUAAAAUCGAUGGUAUCAGAAUUGAGAACUAUAAUUGUUUGCAUUCGUUUCAUUGUUCCUUCUGUCAAAGGUGUGUGAUCAAUCCUGUACAUCAUGCUCUUCUAUAUUGUAUGAACACUGCAAACCAGAGAGAGUAUUGGUGGACGUGGACCACAGAUAACUUGUCUGGAGAUAUGAGAAGUACUUCUCAAUUUCUUGGACGAUGA